AUGGCCGGGCGGGUGGAUCUCGUCCCACCCGCCGGAUCCGGCGACGAGGUGGCGGCCGGCGACGGAGCCGACCUCCGGCGAGGCGCGCGCGACGCCGGGGAAGGCGCGGGGAGCGGCGACGGGGCGAGGGUGCGCGAAGGCGGCGAGGAGGAGAUCGCCGGCGGCGAGCGGCGUGGUGGCGCGGGAUCGGGGCGCGACCGGACGGCGGGCGGAGGAGGCUUGCCGGUGACGGGCGGAGGGCGCGGGGGCGCGCGGAGGCGAGGCGCCUCGGGCAUGGGCGGCACUCGGCCCGGAUCCAACCUGGGGCGGGCCUCGGAUGGGCCGACCGGGCCCUGGGCGGCACGGGGGAGGACAAGGGGACGCGGCGAGGCCACGUGGCGCUCCCGGAAUGGCUGGAAACGAUGA